UUCCCCCCAUCGUUACCUGUGCGGGGAGGGCCGGUGGGCAGGUGCACGGCGCUGCUGCUGCUGCCGCUGCCGACAUGGUCUUCCUGCAGGCCGGCUUGGGCCGCUGCGCCUGUGCCUUCUGGCUGGCGAUCGCCUUCGACGCGGUGGGGCUGACGGUGCUGCUGAUCGGGGUGUUCGUCAACGUCUUCUUCUACGACUUCCUGAUCUACGCCGGCUCCAUCGUCAUCUUCCUCAGCCUGGUCUGGUGGAUCUUCUGGUACACGGGCAACAUCGAGGUGCCGCUCGACCAGCUGGAGGACGACGUGGGGCUCAAGAAGGAGGCCAAACUGAGCGGCUUCCUCAGAAGUUUCUCCAGGAGCUUCUCGCGAAGUUUCGGGAGCAAGUCGGGCAAUAGGUUGGCCGUCAGCCGGACAAUUGAAACCGCCAGCUCGAUGAGCACAAGGACGAAGGCGAGUUUAAGCACUUUCCCUCCAGCGGACACUCCUCUGCAGACCCUCUCCGCUUCUCUCAGCACCGAGGUGAAUUUCAGCGCGCUGGACAAAGCAAGCGGCGCAAGAAACAUAACCAUCUAGUCAGAAUCCAUUACGAGCAUCAAACGGAAUACUGCACAAGUCUGAAUGGCGACAAUCAAAUAACAUCGAUUUGCUAUUGUUAUAGUUCUUUAAGAAGAAGAAUUUCACUGUUCUGCCAAUGUACACUAUAUUUCCUGCCAUUGUUGCUAUUUGUAUUCUAGAGAAUGAAACCUAUUGAACAAUGAACGUUUUUAAUCAUUGAUCAUUUCACUGGUCUGAAUUGACUGUUUUAAUUGCUGCUUUAAUAAUUAAUGUACAUGUAUUUAUUGGUUCACUUUGGUGAAUUAGAAUUUAGAAUUAAUUUUGUAAUUAUAAUAAACGUUCUUGUAGAUAUGCUAUUACAAAUGAUCAAAAUUUCUAAUAUGCCAUUCAAUAAAAUUUGAUGCAGGGAAAUGAAGGAAGCUUCUUACCAAAAGAUGUGCAAGAACUCUCCCUUUCAGUGUCAAAUGCCAUCAGGCAUCAGCUCAAGGAGACCCCCCCAUCCCUCAUACACCCCACACACUCCCCCCACCCUUCUCAC